AUGUCUUCUGGGUGUACUCGAAUCUCCCAGCAAAACUACUAUAGUACCCACAAUGCACUCGUGGCUAACGUUGAUGACCAGUCGGUCAGAUUUGUACUACACGAACUGGAAGGUACAAGGCAUGGAGCUCUAAGGAUUUUCCCAUUUUACGAUAUUCAGAUGAUAAAGAGAUUAUUGAUAAAGAAAUUAUCAUUGCCAUUGACGACACGAGUAAAGGAUUUAAGAAUCCUUUAUAAGGGUCAGGAACUACCAAAUUAUCGUACGAUGGAUUGUUAUAUUAAUAACUCGAAACGAGAUGAUAAACUCUAUUGGUGCCUUAAACAAUCUCCAACGGGUUCUGGUAUUCGUCCAUUAGGAAUGAAGAUGAAUUCGAAAAUGCAAGAUUUAUUUAAUGAAAUCGCAAUAUCAAUGAAGAAUAACAUUAAACCAAAACUAACACUUGAUGGAACAGGAGGAACAUAUGAAAUACAUAAUAAGAAUGGAAAGUGUGUUGGUAUAUUUAAGCCUUGUGAUGAGGAGGCAUUUACACCAUAUAACCCUCGAGGAUAUACUGGAACCAUGAACCAGCAAGGAUUUAGACCAGGUGUUUUAUCAGGAGAAGGUGCAACUAGAGAAGUGGCAGCCUAUUUGCUAGACUCUACUUAUAAAAACUUCUCAAACGUGCCAACCACAAUCAUGGUUGAAAUCGCACACCAGUCACUUAACAAUUGCAAUACCAAUAACCUUACCAAUAAUUAUCUCGCAUUCAAUUCCAAUGCACUUACUGAUUCAUCACAUAUCAAUUCUUAUGGAAGUUUGGGUAGUUAUGGUGGAGGAACAAUGGGGAGUAGAUUGAAGUGGAAGAUUGGAAGUUUACAAGAGUUUGUGGUAUCUAGAGGCACGAGUGGGAACUAUAAUUACAACUUUUUCAGUGUAGAAGAUGUGCAUAAAAUCGCAAUCCUAGAUAUUAGACUACUUAACCUAGAUCGCAACGACUGUAAUAUACUAGUCACAAACGUUCCUCAAUCGACAGGUGAAACAAAUCCAUAUGGAAACAUGCCUUAUGGAGAGAGUGUAAGUGAUGGUAGAUACCAUGUUAACGGUGAUGGAGCAGAAAAUUGUUCUCCAAAUCACCAAAAAAUCAAAGAUGAGAAGUAUAAGUUGGUGCCAAUUGAUCACGGCUUGAUAUUGCCGGAUAUAAUUGACAUUUGUGACUUGGACUGGGUAUGGUAUGAGUGGCCUCAAUGUAAGGUACCAUUUAGUGCUCAGGAACUUGACUUGAUUUUUUCAUUUAACGUUGAUAAAGAUAUUGAGCUUCUAAGGAAGUAUUUGCAUAUAAGAGAAGAGUGUUUACGCACCAUCAAAGUGACGACAAAGUUCCUCCAAAUUGCAGCAUCAAUGAAUUUAAAUUUGUACCAAAUUGCCACAAUUAUUGUCAGACAUGAUAUUGAUAUUCCAUCAGAAAUUGAAAUUAUCAUCAAAAAAGCUAUUGAACAGGCAUAUAAGAUGAGUGAUAAUACAAGUAUUAUUAGUAGGAAUAGAUUAGGGAAUAUAAUAGAUUUGAUGGAAAAUAGUUUGAACCCGAUUCUGAGUGCAAAGGACCAGUCUGAGAAUCCAGCUAUACAACCAAAUGAUACAGAAGAUGAAUUGAGUCCAGUGGAUUUGGACUUGUCUGAGCUACCCUCUUCAACGUUUUUUCACUAUCCGACAUACACUGAGAGUACAAGUGAGCGGGACAAGGUUAGAACACAUAGUAGGAGCACCAUAAGAAGAAUCAAGAGGAGCACGGUGACUAAUAACACAUGGUCAAUUACAGACUCUGGAGGACAUGCGAUUCUAAUUGAGUGGGACUACAAGUUUAAUAACUUGUUCUUCAAGAUACUGGAGGAAAUGCUCGUGGGAAAUAUCCAACGACUACACCCAAACUGGGCCUCUUACCCAUUUAAUGGUAAUAAAAAACACCUGUAUCAGAAAAACCAACAAAACAAUACUUUACCAUUUAAAACCAUUUGGUUCAACUGA